GUUGCAGGCUGAAGUCAGUCGACUCUGCAUUUAGAAGAAAAAGCAGCUGCAAAAACUCCAAACUCCUCAGCCUACAGGCUUUAUCUCUGCACGCGACUCACAAUGACUGUCAUGUUGAAGUCGUGGACGGUCGUGGCCGCCCUGCUGCUCUGCGUCCUCCUAUAUCUCGGCACCUUCGUGGACGCGUAUCCUCCGAAACCAGAGAACCCUGGAGAUGACGCACCUCCUGAAGAACUGGCCAAAUACUACACGGCCCUGAGACACUACAUCAACCUCAUCACGAGACAAAGGUAUGGUAAGAGAUCUACUCCAGAGGGAGUGAUGGCUGACCUGCUGUUUGGAGAAAGUAACGAGCACAACCAGCGGUCGAGAUACGAAGACUCUUACGCAUGGUGAUGGUCAGUAGCGUCCACUCUGCUCUCCUGUGCCUCCACAGAAAACCCGCAGAAAGCAUACGUUUCAACCGAAUACACUCGUUCCAUCCGUCUCUCCAGCUGCUCCUCAUCGACGCGGAGCAGCUCCACCGUCCCUCAUUCAAACUGUACAUAAUUUAUUACUGAACACAGAAUAUUCAUGAGAAUAUGUGCGUGUACACUUCACUGUGUCUUACAGAGGACAUAUUCUUUACUGUUUGUAAAUAUGACUGUGAUUAAAGAUGUUACUUGAUGACGUGC